GAAAUCCUUACACCUACCUUUCUUCAUGAUGCAUAUUUUCUUCUAUUCUCUCUUGUUGCUUCUGCCUGUUUCCAUUCUCCUAGUGAGGAGAAGGAGAUCAGGGAAGAGGCUUCCACCGGGAACACUCGGGCUACCAGUAAUAGGCCAAAGCCUUCAACUUCUGAGGGCGAUGAGAGCCAACACUGCUGAAAAAUGGCUCGAGGAGAGAGUGAAAAAACACGGUCCUAUCUCGAAGUUAAGCCUGUUUGGGAAGCCCACAGUUUUCAUCUAUGGACAGGCUGCAAACAAGUUUGUUUUCAGUAGUGAUAGCAGCGUGCUUACUAAUCAUCAAACGCAAUCGGUGAGGCAGAUCUUGGGGGAGCGCUGCCUGUUGGAACUCUGUGGCGAAGAUCAUAAGCGUGUUAGGGAUGCUCUCGUGUCAUUCUUGAAACCAGAAAGUCUGAAGCUUUAUGUUGGCAAGAUGGAAGAUGAAGUUAACAGGCACCUUCAGAUGCACUGGAAAGACAAGGAUAUGGUCAAGGUCUUACCUCUGAUGAAGACACUGACAUUCAACAUAAUUUGCUCACUUCUUUUUGGGCUCGAGACGGGUGCGAGGAGGGACCAAUUCAUCUGUUAUUUCCAACAGAUGAUUGCAGGAAUGUGGUCAAUCCCUAUUAACUUGCCAUUCACACGCUUCAAUGGAAGCCUCAACGCUAGUGCAAAAGUAAGGAAGAUGUUGAAAGAGCUUAUACAAGAGAAGCGGUUCAAGCUUGAGCAAAAUGGAGCUUCAUCCAGUCAAGAUCUCAUCACCUGUUUGCUCAGUGUCAGAGGAGAAGACAAUGAAGAAUUGAUAUCUGAAGAUGAAAUCAUUCAUAAUGUUAUGCUAAUCAUGGUUGCAGGCCAUGACACUUCCUCUGUGUUGAUUACCUUUAUAGUCAGACUUCUGGCCAAUAACCCAUCCAUAUAUGAAGCUGUUCUCAAAGAACAAGAAGAGGUUGCUCUGAGCAUGUCAUCUGAGGGACUCCUCACAUGGGAAGACCUAUCGAAGAUGAAGUUCACGUGGCGAGUGGCAAUGGAGACAAUGAGAAUAUUUCCACCUAUAUUUGGAGGCUUUAGGCAGACUGCAAAGGAUAUUGAGUAUGGUGGCUACCUAAUCCCAAAAGGAUGGCAAAUAUUCUGGGUUAUGGCCAUGACACAUAUGGACAGCAGCACAUUCCCAGAACCAGAGAAGUUUGAUCCAUCACGGUUUGAAAACCAAGCGGCCUUGCCUCCUUACUGCUUCAUCCCAUUCGGAGGGGGACCUCGGAUAUGCCCGGGUUAUGAGUUUGCAAAGAUUGAAACUCUGGUCACAAUUCAUCGCCUCGUAACGCAUUUCACAUGGAAGUUAUGCUGCAAAGAUGAUUCCUUCAUUAGGGAUCCCAUGCCUGCACCUACUCAAGGCCUUCCUAUUCAACUAAUUCCCAAGAAGCCAUUGUAACAUUCAAUACAGUUAUCUUAUUUUCUUAUUUUUUCAUUAGAAUUCAAUUUCAUUAUCAAUUUGCCCCAAAUAGGAUUUGUUUAUUUCAAUCUGUUAUAGAUCCGGUAUAGAGAAUGUCGUUCUUUUUUUCCCCCUCCUUGAAAGAAAGACCAAUUUAUUUUUUGAUCUCUCCAUGAAUCGUAUGUUUGUAACAAUAGGGACAGAAUUUUUUCAAUUCUAAUGGAUUAGGCGUAUUGUGCCGGUUCUUUUGAGUAAUAUAUCUGGAAAUGCCCGUUGAUACCUUAUUAACACCGUUUCGGACACAACUGGUACAUUCCAAAAUCACCGCCACUCGUACAUCUUUACUCUUGGCCAUGAACCUCCUUUAUAUUUUUGAUUGACUCAACUCUUCUAUUUUCAAUUCAAAACAAAGAAAGGAAAAAAUAGAAGUUACUAAAUAAAUUGAAAAUGAAUUUCAAUUUGUAAAUGAAAUUCGAAAUGAAA